AUGCUCGCACCGUACCGUCAUGCCGGCUAUUACAUUACAGCCCGCGGGCCCAUAUCCUCCUGUGGAGAAUGGAUUGGGGACCAGGACCAUCACCAAUACCAAGGAGAAGCUGUACCCGCGUCUACCAAUACCUGGCCGGCCUCAGACACUCUCGUUCUCAACGCUCAGAACUACGCUUCUGCACGGAGCACUCGCAGCCAAGUCGAGUCCUCGUACACCCCCCACUUCCUCAAUCGCAAGGUUGCCGUCUUUAGUUCUGAACUUGUGUUGUCGAAUAACCGAGAGCUGGCGCCAGCAUAUCAUGAACAAGACUAUGAUCCAAUGUCCGCCUACAGGUUGGUAGUCGGCCCGACGUCGCAGAAUAUUGGGCCAGUCGCGACUUCAUUGCCACCGGCGCCCGAAUGCAGCGAACAGUAUGUUCAGCCCAUCAUCCACGCAUCAGAAUCCGCCACGCGCGCUCGGCCGUAUCCGUCGCUGCCUUCUCCAUCGGCGCUGGUGCCAUCGCGGUCUCGGGUUCAAGACCGCGGACACUUCCUAGACUGGAGGUCGGGACCAGACUCCGCACUGGGCUCGCAGACAUUGAGCAACGCCACUUCGCCGGGUUUCAACGCGUUAUAUCCGAUACCCACUACGGUCGCUCUUGCCUGUACCCCGGAAGAUACUCAAGGCUACAAAGGGCUCUCAUAUAGCUUCAAGCUACCAGAGUCCGCUACCGGUGCGGUGUUUCCGAGCGACCGCCUCGCGCUCAGUACCGAUGUGGGCGUCGAACGAGGCUAUGCGCACGAUGGCCGACGCAGGCGCAAGGUGGACAAGAUGCACUCGUGCGAAGUGUGCGGAAAAGCGUUUCCGCGUCCAUCUGCUGUGAAGACCCAUAUGAACUCGCAUUCAGGUGCAAGGCGUGCGUAG